GGACGCAGACAAACAGGGUGAAGGGACAGCCAAACAAACGAAUGCGACGUCUUAUUUUUAACAGAUUUUAUACCGUAGUGCCUGUCAGAAUAUGACGACGAGACAAGAGAUUUUAAUUGAGUGAAACUGUACCCUUGCUGAAAACAAUAGCAACAAAUUUGUUCUAAUUAGAGUAAGUGGAAGAAGAAAAAAGUGUAUGUGUAUGCGAUAUAACGGCGAACUUCAUGGUGUAAUGACCAUUCCCAGGGAAAAUUCAGGACAAAGUGCUCAAACAUCACCUUUUUAAGAAGCCAACAGCUCAAGGAAUUGAUGAAAUUUAGAUCACUCCACCUCCCAUGAACGGAAGGAGAAAGAUGGAGAAACACCCAAGCAGAAUUUCAGGAAUAAAGAGGCAUGAUAAUAACAGUGAAAGUCUCUUGAGGGAAAUUCCGUCAAACGACCACACUAAAACUCCAAGUUCUGCAACCCUUUCUUACACCCAAAUUGUAAAAAAUACAAAUGCACUUGGCGCUACAUGUGUUUCCCGAGGCAGAGGUGCUGUGCUGAAGGAUGCCAUCGCCUCUCAACAGGUCAUGGCAGCAAGUGUUUCCCGAGGCAGAGGUGCUGUGCUGAAGGAUGCCAUGGAAUCUCGGCAAGUCCUGUCAGAAAAUAGGAAGCCAGUUGGCCGUGGAAUAACACUUCAGCAGAAAGGAAGCCUCAUGCCAGAAAGACUAGAAAACAGGAAGCCGGUUGGGCGUGGAAUGACACUCCAGCAGAGAGGAGCCUUCAUGCCACAAAAGCUAGGAAAUCCAUAUGCACCGUGUAGCAUCUUAGAUGAAGUCAGCGAUACUCUAAUUGUUGCCGUCCCUGGCCAGUGUCACGUUCAGGAGUCAUGGAACACCUUAAGCAGAGCCCCAGUUGCAUACCAAAUGCAGCAGUUGAUUGGAGACCAAUAUAGUGAUUAUACACUAGGACUGAAGAACAGCGCACCAGCAAGAAAUAUAGUAAAUGAUCAUCAAAAAAUAAAGGGAUUUCAGUCUCACAAAAAUAGCUUGAACAAUGAGAACAGAGAUGUUGUGGCGGGAAACAACGUGAAAUCACAUUCUGCAAGUAGUCUGACCAGUAAAUCAAACCACUUCCUUGAAGUUAAAAAGGUUGUUUCCUCGUCCAGUUCUACCUUAGAUUCAACCAGGUCAUCAGAUUCUGUCAAUACUUUUGGGAAGAAAAGGAAUAGCUUUACAAAAAUCAGUUCUGUGGGAAGUUCAGUUAAUGUUCCAAGCUUGACAGAUGGUUGGGUUCCUCUUGACUGGUCUCCGGACUUUGACUCAGCCAAAUUGUACAGUUCCUCAGAAUUUCCUGAGCUCCAUUGAAAAAAGAGGCAAACUGAAUAGCUUUAGGUCCUGAACUGCACUUGAUGGUAUUCAUUUAUCAAUAUAUCUUAUUUAAUUAUGGUUGGUGUCAGAUUGUUUCAUUCUAGCCAGACCAUCUUACUGUUUACUCAUAAAACUGUAAAUGGGACUCUUUGUUUCUUUAGGCCAUGAUAUGUACAAUUUUACAGAAUGAAAUGUUCAGUAGAUUUGCUGAGUUCUUUGAAGUCAUCCUAUGAGUUAGUGGUCUAACAAAGCUGUGUGCUGAGUGGCUCAGUGGGCUAAGGCUCUUUUGUGCAGGAGUUCAAGCCCCUCAGGCGCUGUAGAUUGAUCGAUCAGGACCCCAAUUAUUCCUAGCACAUGUGGAGAUGGUGACCUUGAACCUACAGGUCGAGGGCUAUGAGUUGUUUGACAUCAGGCCACCCUAUAUAUGUGUAGAUAUUAUAUGAGCAAGAUCUACUUAAAAAAUGUUAUAAUUUAUUUUUUAGUUUAAAAUUUAUGUUUAUAAAGGUGAUUAUGCUUGUUAUUAAACUGCAUGCAAUCUGAAUUUUCAGCAUAUUUCGUAACAUAUUCUUGUUUUAUGAAGUGGCAUGUUUUAGGAAAUACUUAUAUUCUCAGAGCUUGAAGGUAUUUUCAUCAAUUCAAUCCAGUAUAGUUUGGCAGAGAUCAUGUUAUUUAAACAGAUGACUAGUGCAGUGAAAUGUACUGAAAAUAAUGUUAACAGGCUGAUUCCAAGUACAUUAUUAUAUUUUUGUAUAG